AUGUCGGCGCAAAUAAGCAGGUAUGUCGUUGCCCUUUCGCAGCCGAUGUCAUCCUUUGACAAGCCACUCACAGCUACUCUGCAGAUCAGAGGAGAAGUGUAUGACGUGACGGAGUUCGUUGAUUCACAUCCGGGAGGAGCGGCAAUGAUGCUGAAGUAUGCCGGACGAGAUGCAACAGCUGCCUACGAGCCUAUACACGCCUCGGGUACCAUUAACAAGUAUCUGUCAGAGGCGCAAAGACUUGGCGCUGUUGCGGAUGAGGCAGACGAGUCCUACGAAGACUCGAUAGCGACGCGACGAGAAUCACCUGUCCAUGCACCAUUAACGAGACCGAGAGAUGACCAAGUCAUUGGCACACGACCUCGAAAGCGGCCCAGACUCUCGUCCAUGAUAUCAAUCGCGGACUUUGCCCACGCUGCCGAGGUACUGCUGCCCACCACCUCAUACGCCUUCCUCGGCACUGGCGCGGAGGACAACCACUCCAUCACUCGCAACCAUACAACAUGGCAAACUGUACGGCUUCGACCUCGAGUUCUGCGCCCUAUCCCAUCCGCUCCGAACACCCGCCGGAGGAUUCUCGGAAACGACUUCUCUGCGCCGUUCUUCGUGUGUCCCGCCGGCGGAGCCAAGCUCUGCCAUCCCGAGGGCGACACACUUCUCACGCAAGCUGCGGAUCAGCAAGGGCUUCUUCACUGGGUCUGUAAGCGAGAGGGCGACCUCAAAGCGAGGAUUGCGGAGGAAGGAGUGGAUGGAGAUGCUGCUGAGGAGGAUGACGACGGCGAAGGCUUCAAGAAGCAGCCGAAGAUCGCGCGGCCGCCGGUCUACGUCGACUUUACCUUCGAUAGCGCGGUCGCCUGGCUACGAGGUCUCACAACGCUGCCGAUCGUGAUUAAGGGCAUACAGACCUGGGAGGACGCCCUACUAUGUCACCAGUAUGGAGUGCAUCCAUGGCUCAGUAAUCAUGGCGGGAGACAACUCGAUUCCGCACCAUCGGCGUUGGAGACUCUGCUUGAUAUCCGUGAAUUCUGCCCAGCGGUCCUGCAGGAAUGCGAGGUCUUUGUGGACGGCGGUAUCACACGUGGCUCGGAUAUUGUGAAGGCAAUAGCUCUUGGUGCUCGCGCUGUUGGCAUAGGAAGAGGCUUCCUGUAUCCGAUGGUGUUUGGGCAACGGGGUGUUGAGAAGGCUAUGGAGAUCCUGAAGCACGAGAUUGAAACGACACUGGCAUUAAUUGGUGUCAUGUCUCUUGACGAGCUGGGUCCACAGCAUGUCGAUACAAGAAGGGCGUUCCACAGCCUUGCAAGACUCUGA